GUUUAGCUUUCAAUGAGUGAUAUAUGCGCAUACUUGUGAAGAAGAUUACUUGCUUUAGUAUGUGUUUUGUAUUAUGAAUUCAUCAUAUACAGUAGAAAAAUCAGAGCGGUUGCCACUUGAUUAUUUUCUGAAGAGAUCUUUUUGCGUGAAGAAUGGCCAAGCAUCACCCCGAUUUGAUAAUGUGUCGAAAGCAGCCGGGUAUUGCUAUUGGACGACUUUGUGAAAAAUGUGAUGGAAAGUGUGUAGUAUGUGAUUCAUAUGUUCGUCCAUGCACACUUGUGAGGGUCUGUGAUGAAUGCAACUAUGGGUCCUUCCAAGGUCGAUGUGUUAUCUGUGGUGGAGUUGGAAUUUCUGAUGCAUAUUACUGCAAGGAAUGUACUCAGCAAGAGAAAGAUCGGGAUGGGUGUCCCAAGAUAGUGAAUUUGGGAAGCGCAAAAACAGAUCUUUUCUACGAACGGAAAAAAUAUGGUUUUAAAAAGCGAUGAUAACGUAUGCAACUGUUUAUUGAACGUACUGGCUUUCUUAUUGGCUCCAUAAAUACAGAUGGCUUAUUUCAGAACUAUGUUUGGCUGCUUGUGUACUUCUAUUAUGUAGACAUUUCAAAUUAUGAACCAUGAAUGAGACGCCAAUUAGUUGAUUAUAGAUUACUAGUUGGUUUCGGUUAAACUACCUCUUUGGAAAGCAACUAUAUUUCUAAUUUUCUUUA